CAAAAGGGGGCUUUCCCUUUACGCACGCGCAAUAGCCUCGUCUCCUGGCCGGUGUGAAAUGGCGGCGUUAGUUUUGCGGCGGCUGCGGCGCGUCCCGCUGCUCCAUGGGCAAGGACCAGCAGCUUGCCAGGCUCUGUCUCGGAAUUUUCACUUCACGGUUUAUGGGAAGAAAAAUGUGUCUGCCAAAAUAUCGGAUUCGAUUUCAACACAGUAUCCUGUAGUGGACCAUGAGUUUGAUGCUGUUGUGGUGGGUGCCGGAGGUGCAGGUUUGCGAGCUGCGUUUGGCUUGUCUGAAGCUGGAUUUAAUACAGCAUGUGUUACAAAACUGUUCCCUACACGGUCUCAUACAGUUGCUGCCCAAGGAGGAAUCAAUGCUGCUUUGGGGAAUAUGGAAGAGGAUAACUGGAGAUGGCACUUCUAUGAUACGGUGAAAGGUUCUGAUUGGUUAGGAGACCAGGAUGCUAUUCAUUACAUGACUGAACAAGCCCCUGCUUCAGUUAUUGAGCUGGAGAAUUAUGGUAUGCCAUUUAGCAGGACAGAAGAUGGGAAGAUCUACCAGCGUGCCUUUGGGGGACAGAGUCUGAAGUUUGGUAAAGGGGGACAGGCACAUAGAUGCUGUUGUGUGGCUGAUCGGACUGGCCAUUCACUGCUGCACACGCUUUAUGGACGGUCCCUUAGGUAUGACACCAGUUACUUUGUUGAAUACUUUGCCCUUGACCUUCUUAUGGAGAAUGGAGAAUGUCGUGGUAUUAUUGCACUUUGUAUAGAAGAUGGCACCAUUCAUCGUUUAAGAGCAAAGAAUACAGUUAUCGCCACUGGUGGAUACGGACGCACUUACUUUAGCUGUACUUCAGCUCACACCUGUACUGGAGAUGGGACAGCUAUGAUCACACGGGCAGGUCUGCCUUGUCAGGAUUUGGAGUUUGUGCAGUUCCAUCCAACAGGGAUUUAUGGAGCUGGUUGCCUUAUUACUGAAGGCUGUCGUGGUGAAGGAGGCAUUCUAAUUAACAGUGAAGGUGAACGGUUUAUGGAGAGAUAUGCUCCUGUUGCCAAAGAUCUUGCUUCAAGAGAUGUUGUGUCUCGUUCUAUGACUAUUGAGAUCCGUGAAGGAAGAGGAUGUGGUCCAGAAAAAGAUCAUGUGUACUUGCAGUUGCAUCAUUUGCCACCUCAGCAGCUGGCAACACGUCUUCCUGGGAUUUCAGAAACUGCAAUGAUAUUUGCUGGUGUAGAUGUCACAAAAGAACCCAUUCCUGUUCUGCCAACUGUGCAUUACAAUAUGGGAGGUGUUCCUACAAACUACAAAGGACAGGUGAUUACACAUGUAAAUGGCAAAGAUCAAGUAGUACCUGGUUUGUAUGCUUGCGGUGAAGCUGCCUGUGCCUCCGUUCAUGGUGCUAAUCGUCUUGGAGCAAACUCUCUCUUGGACUUGGUAGUGUUUGGCCGUGCCUGUGCUCUUAGUAUUGCAGAAUCCUGCAAACCUGGAGAACCAGUUCCACCAGUUAAACCAAAUGCAGGUGAAGAAUCUGUCGCAAACUUGGACAAACUACGCUUUGCCAAUGGAAGCAUGAGAACAUCAGAAUUGAGGCUUAAUAUGCAAAAGACAAUGCAAAGCCAUGCUGCAGUGUUCCGCACAGGUUCUGUCCUACAGGAAGGUUGUGAGAAAAUUUCCAGCAUAUAUAACAGUUUGGAUGACUUGAAGACAUUUGACAGAGGCAUUGUGUGGAAUACUGACUUGGUGGAGACUUUGGAACUACAGAAUCUAAUGCUUUGUUCCUUACAAACUAUUUAUGGUGCAGAAGCUCGGAAAGAGUCACGUGGUGCUCAUGCUAGGGAGGAUUAUAAGGUAAGAAUAGAUGAAUAUGACUAUUCUAAACCACUCCAAGGACAACAGAAGAAACCAUUUGAUCAGCAUUGGAGAAAGCAUACCCUCUCUUAUGUAGACAUCAAGAGUGGAAAGGUUACUCUGGAAUAUAGACCUGUAAUUGACAAAACUCUGAAUGAAGAAGACUGUGCAAUGGUUCCACCUGCUAUUCGCUCCUAUUAGUGGUCUUCAUCCAAUCUGACAUAUUUAUUGGAAGGUCCUUGGUACAGAUCUGAUGAACCUACAGUUUUACCAGACAACUGUUGAUCCAUGGUUGUGGAUGAAGCACAUCACGCAGCAGACUCUUAAGAGGCUUUACAUUCUAGCUUAUUGCUUCACAUGUGAUAAAAUCUAGCAAUGCAGAGCUCAAGCAAGUCUAUUUCUAACUUUCUCUGGAUAUCUAGAGUUCUGAAUGUAUAUGUAUUACCUUUUUUGGCUGUGCAGAUUUGUCUUGGUAGAUUUGUAUUGGUUUUCUUAGAGUUAAAUAUUAAUAAAUAUAAUGCAAUUGAAA